AUGGCUGCGGAGGCUGAGCGAAUGCUUCGCGCGGCGGCGUCUCGCUCAUCCCAGCUCCGCCCCCCCCCCCCCCUCACCCUCCACUUCCGCUCCUCGGCUCCUCUCCUACCGCCUCUCUCUCCCCCAAUCCAUUCCCACCAGAUUCGCCUCGCCGCCCCCUCCUCGCUCACCCUUGAUGCCACGCCCCCUCCCAUGGCGCCACGCCCGCGGCCCACCGCACCCGCCCGAGCCGCGACGCUGACCCUCCUCCUCCUCCCGCUCCUCCUCCUCGCCUCCCCGUCCCUCCUCUCCGCCUCCGCCGCCGCUGCCCCCUCGCCGCCGACGGUGCCCGCCACGCAGCGGCAGGCCGCAACGUCCGCCUCCCCCUCCGCCUCCGACACCCCGUCCCCUGCUCCCCCUCCCGCGCAGCGGCACCGCCACCGGCACCGGAGGCACCGACCGCGGCCCCCGGUCCCGCCAACGCCGCCCAGGCGGCGCCGGCUCAACUUCGGGGAGCGGCUCGGGAUCGCCUUCGCCGGCGUGGCCGUCGCAAUGCAGGUCGCCCUCGGCGCCUUCCUGGCGCUGCGCGCGUGGCAGCUGCGGCGGCUCGACACGGCCGAGGUGUCCUCCUCCACGCCCCUCACCUGACCACCGACCCCCAUCCCCGCCCGAAGCGGCGCCGUGAGCGUCAGUCGCAGGUCCGUGGUUUAUUUGUGAUCUGUGAUCUGAUGCUGCUGUAACACCCGAAUGAAUCCAUGGUGUAGUAGCUGCUGCGUCUGUCCCCCUGUUCGACGCCAUUCUUUCCGUUCUGCUGUACUACCGUGUACAAUCUGCUUCUGCUCCGUGCAGAGCACCACUAGUUGAGAGGCUAUGUGAUAUGAGAGUUGUGCUGCAGCUUUGAUUGGUUGUUACCGUGCCUUACCUGAUCUAGAUUGCUAGUUCUACUACUGCUGAUGUGCUAUUACAGUGUUCGCUCGUGUGGGGGUUAGAAUCGCAAUCGCUUUACUCACUUUAAAUGGGCUUCAAUGUACAAAGCGAUUUAUAUUUCAAUUAUUGCACUGGAUGAUAUAAACUAACCUGUCAGUUGCUCUU